GUUAAUUCGCAGUUUUGCGCCGUGCGACAGCGCAACAUAGAUUUCACGUUUUGAUCCUUUUCUUUCAAAACAUUCACUUAGCCUUUUAGCCGACAGUACUUCCUGAUGUUGUGUCAAUGUCAUGUCAGCAUUAGUUAAUUUGUGGAUAAGAGUUGCCCCGUGUAGUUUGGGGUCCGGCCGGCCGGGGCGGGCCGGGUGCGUGGGUGAUGGGGCAGUGUGUCGGGCGGUGCCGGGGGGCGCGCACCGGGACCCCGGACCAGGACCAGCUCGCGCCAUGAGGCUGCUGCUGCUGCUGCUCGCGCUCGCGGCGCCCGCAGCCGCCUCCGUGCUCACCGUGGUCAAGCACAACAGCAUAGACGACGAGUCGUCACCCCCCGCGCAGCGCUGCCAGCCGCAGACGCCGUGCAAGUGGCGGAUCUACAGCGAGCCCGUCGUCGACCCGGAGGCUUUCCUCGUCAACCACUAUUGCUCCUGCGCCCCCGGCACGGCUUGUAGCUUCCACUUCCACCGCGCCGAGUGGGGCUACGACGAGUAUCGGUGCAAGCCGCACUAGGGUACCCGCUGGCUGCUGGAUGGAGAUACCUAAAUAAUAUGAACUAUUAGGGCACCAAUUGGUUGCUGGCUGAAGAUACGUGAAUAAUAAGCAGCUGGAUACUACAGCUCUGUGACAGUACAUAUCUAUUGCAGUCGUUCUAAAGAAACGGAGAGUGGUGACAGGGGCCAAAACGAAGUAAUAUUUACGAAGUGAUUAGUGUCAAAUUGAAUACCAAGUUCGCGAUAGGGAUCAGGACUUUUUGCGUUGUACCUACAUAAUUAUGAUAAGUAAUUUGUCUUUAAUUAAUACAUGAGGUAUGAACAUAAUUAAGAAAACAGGAGUGUUUAUUUAAACAAAAAAUAAAUU